AUGGGAACCGCCAUCCACCCAAUUCAAACCGCAUACGCAGAAGCUCCUCCACACAGCUCGUAUCCGUCGAAGAAACCGAUGUACGAUGCGGACGAGGACAGCAGCAAUGGCAGCAGCAGCGGCAUCCUCCGCAAGAUAGAGAAGACUGCUAUAAAACCAGUGACGAGCCAGCCAGAUACUCCCUCGCUGCAAACUCCUACUCUCAUGAAGAGCCGUUCUCCAACCCCAACUGACCAGUUGGCCGAGCAAAUUCGACACGUCCGUCUGUUCCUAUACCGUCACUCCCUGGUAGCGGAAAACAGCUUCAACGACACCGUUGCCCGCGUCCUCCACGCUGAGUCUCAGUUUACAAGCACAAUUGCCUCGCUGGCACCCCCACGCGAGUCCGGUGAGCGGCUGUUACCCGGCGGUAUCUAUGUCCUGGUAUCCGCAAUGGCCGGCUCGAUUGUCUCGCGGAACCGAGGAAUACUUCUCCGAACCGCCUCUCCAAUUGCAUUGGGCACCGUUGCUGCCUGGAGCUUGCUCCCAAUCACCAUGAGAAACGUGUCUGACCUGGUGUGGGAGUACGAGAAGAAAGUUCCCGCGUUGGCAGAGAACCAUCUCUACCUUCAGUAUGUGGCAGAGCAUUCCGUACAGCAGGCCAUCCGAGUCGGCGGUGAGACGCGAGUUUGGAUGGAAAGCAAGAUUGGCCAGGGCCGAGAAACCCUCGAGAAAUGGAUCAGUAAGGGACUGUGA